AUGUCUGUGCUCACUACCGUAUCCCCUAUUGACGCUGUCGCCAACUUCACCACCCCCGAGGCCACUCGGGAGCAGGCAAACGCCACCAUUGAGAAGGCCAACAAGGCCCAGAAGACCUGGAAACAGACGUCCCUCGAAGACCGAAUCAAGAUCGUCACCAAGGCCUACGAGCACCUAACCUCGGAGCCCGGCGUCGACACCCUUGCCAAGGAGCUCACCGAGCAGAUGGGGCGGCCAAUUGCAUACACCAAGGGCGAGAUCACCACUGCUGCUGCCCGUGCAAAGUUUCUGAUCUCGGUCGCGCCCGAGGCCCUGGCCCCCUCCCGAGAAGGGGCAGAUGGCCUGGUGGAUGGCUUCAAGAAAUACAUCACACACGAGCCUCUGGGAACCAUCCUCAUUAUCUUCCCCUGGAACUACCCCUACCUGUGUCUCACCAACGCUCUGGUUCCCUCUCUUCUGGCAGGUAACGCAGUCAUUAUCAAACCCAGCCCACAGACCCCCAAGGUUGCGGACGCCUUCUACAAGGCCUUCCAGGAGGCCGAUCUGCCCGAGGGCAUCCUCCAGGUCCUGCACUCUGGCGACAACGAUCUCAUCUCCGACGUCAUUGCCAACCCUGGUAUCCACGGUGUCUCCUUCACUGGAUCAGUGGCUGGAGGUCUGGCUGUUCAGAAGGCUGCAGCUGGUCGAACCAUUCCCGUGGCUCUCGAGCUCGGCGGUAACGACGCUGCCUACGUCAGACCCGACGUUGAUGUCGAUGCUGUGGCCGAGGAUAUUGUCGACGGCUGCGUCUUCAACUCCGGCCAGUCCUGCUGCUCCAUUGAGCGAGUCUAUGUCCACGCCGACAUCUACGACCAGUUUGAGAAGGCCGUGGUCAAGGUCCUGUCCGGCUACAAGGUCGGCGAUCCUCUCGACAAGUCGACGCAGCUGGGUCCUGUAGUCUCCAUCAAGUCUAAGGAGAACGUGGAGGCCCAAAUCAAGGACGCUUUGACCAAGGGCGGAAAGGCUCUGAUUCCUGAGGGAACCUUUGUCACCGAAGACAAGGCCUUCGUGGCUCCUCAGAUUCUGGUGGGCAUGUCUCAUGACGCCGAAGUGCUUGUGGAGGAGACCUUUGGACCUCUGGUGCCUCUGUACAAGGUCCAGUCUGACCAGGAGGCCAUCGAUCUCAUCAAUGACUCCAAAUACGGCCUGACCUCCUCUGUGUGGACCAAGGAUCUCGUUGUGGGCGAGGCUCUGGGUAACGAGAUUGAGGCCGGCACCGUGUUUGUGAACCGAGCCGACUAUCCCGAUCCCACUCUGGCCUGGACCGGAUGGAAAAACUCCGGACGAGGCGUCAGCUUGUCGCGAUUCGGGUUUGCUGGAUUCACCAAGCUCAAGUCUCAUCAUAUCAAGGCUACCAACUAG